CUUCAUUACAAUAACUGUACUACAGUUAUUAUUUAAUAUGUUACAUUAAUAAUUGUCAUUGGUUGAUUCUUUCUAUAUAUACAAUAAGUAUCCAAAUAUAUAAGAACAUAUUUUUCGGUUAACUAAAGCAAAAAAUAAAGGCACAGAAAUUAUUAUAUUCGGUUCACUAAGGCAUUUAAUUAACAUUUAAUCAGUGUUUUAGGUCCACUGGUAUAUGAAACUAAGUGUGAGAGUGAUAUACAUUUGUGAUUAAAUAAAAAAAAUAACUAAGGAUGAGUUGAGACACUGAUAAAUGACAUUGGACUUUUAAGAGGAGUUUAGGUUUUUGUAAAUAUUAUAGUUAUAAAAGGCACGCGUAAAGGGUAACCGUUAACGAUUGAUAGCCGUUUUAACCCUUAACUUGGUAAGGUACAUUAGACUGUACAUACAUUUCAAAAAAAAUUUACUGGUUAAAUAAUAAUAUUUUUUUGUUUUGUUUUUAUUAAAAAUAUUACUAAAUAAUUUAGAAUUAGUAGAAAAAUAUUUUCGUUGUUGCAACACUGAACAACACAUGUCAAAUUCAAAAUGGCUUCGAAACAACAAAGUGUUGGCGGGACCCGGAACUUACAACUAACUCGCGCCCAUAAGAUCUUGGCUUUGGUACCCGCUCAAAACGCAUGCUCUGACGAUAGUUCCACAUCUGAUGAGGAAGCAAAUGCUUAUAUACCGCCUUCACCAGAUACCUCUGAUCCACCUUCAAUAGCAUCAUCACUAGAAGCCCUUAAUUUGCUUGAUACUUCAACUGACUCCAACAACGAACAGCAUGAUAUACCCAUUACUUUACCACUCACACCAACAUUUGAUGAAGUUUUUCCAUCGCCGAAUACAAGUAACUACAAUGUUAUACCCACAUUGAACUCCAUCCAAUCUUUGCCAUCUCCUUUUAUGUCGCCUGAACUAACAUAUAUUCUGCGGGAAGAAUACGGGAUCCUUAGUCUAGGAACAAUAAGGACUAAUCGUCUCAGAGGCUGUCAAGAGUUAUUGCCAACUGACAAACAAUUAAAAAAGAAGAAACGCGGUUCUAGCGCCCAGGUGGUUUGCAAUAAGAAUAAGUUGGCAGUCGUAAAGUGGAACGACAAUAAAGUGGUUACACUUAUUAGCACCUACAUAGACUCGUACCCCUUAGAAACAAUCAAACGAUACGAUAAGGAUGAGAAAAAGAAAGUAGAUGUAGAAUGUCCUCAAGUGGUCAAACAUUACAACAAACAUAUGGGAGGGGUCGAUUUAGCAGAUAUGUUGAUAUCGUUAUAUAGAACUCCCUUCAAAAGUCACCGUUGGUACUUGGGAAUAUUUUCACAACUUGUUGAUAUGUGUAUAAAUAACGCUUGGCUCCUACAUAGAAGAGAUGGGAAGAAGACUUCAUUGAAAGAUUUCAGAUUUGAAUUGUUUGAUGGGUUGUCUAAGUCUAAUAGAAUAGGAACAAACCAAAACGUUACAGACGAUAUAGGCGAGAAUCUGAAAAUCCAUAAACCAGUCUCAGUCCGACCAACUGAUAGCGUCAGAUUUGAUAACACAGGUCAUCUUCCAGAAGCAGGUAAUGAAUCAAUUCGUUGCAAAUAUUGUAAGAGUGGAAGAACAUCUGUCUACUGUAUAAAAAUGUAACGUACAUUUGUGUUUUGUUGUGGGAAAAAUAAAACGUAAUUGCUUUCGUAAUUUUCACCUAAAAUAAUAAAGAAUAAUUUAAAUAUUUCCUCCUUUUUUUGAAAUAAAUUUAUAAUAACCUGAAUAAUGUAAUUCAUUAUGUCCUUGGUAGUGUACACCAAAAUGUACAAACAAUUUAUUUAUAAUAUUUCUGUAAAAUUGGCAGUGUACAUUGUGAUGUACUUAAGUUUUCUCGAAACCUAGGAUACCUAGAUUUUUAUUUUUAUUUUUCUCAAGUUGUCCAUUCAUAAAUUAAACAAAAUUUAUCAAUAAUUUCCUUUUUUUUCAUAUUUUUAGUUCUUGCCAAGUAAAGGGUUAAAUAAAUGAACUAUGAGAGUGAAGGAACAGAGAGUGCACCUGUGUAUUGCGCACACACUUGUGCAAUACACAGGUGCAGACAUAUUUUGUAUUUAAAUCAUUUAUUUAUAUCUUACAUAAAAUCAGAUUAAUUGAGAUCGGAAUUGAAGUGGACAUCUUUUAUAAUAUUUUAUUUUUUACAGUAAAAGGAACCUGUUUGUUUCAAUUCUGCGAAUACGAGAUUGUUUAGUUUGAAUAUAAACUGAAUAAAUUUACAAUUUCUUAGAGCCAAUUAAAUAAAUAUUGUUUUAUUUAUGAGGAAAAUAUUAUCUCAUAAUCUCGCUCAAUACCGUAACUACUUUAUACUGAAAGUGUUCUCCAAGUGAAAACUAGUAAUAAAUUUAUGUCUAUAAAAUAGAGCUUAACUCAAGUAUAGGCUUACUCUAUGGCCCAUUUUGUAAGGCUAUGAGUCUAUUUCAAAUGCCGGCCUAUUGGAACCGGAUAUACACACGCUGUUCCCGGAACGCGAUACACUUACGUUGGCCACUAUGGCGGGUUGUAACUCCAUGUGUACGGUGAUUUCCAUCCGGGCGGAUAUAAAAUACGAGUAUAGCCGGUAGGCUGUAUUUGGAUAUUUAUUGUUAUACCGCUGAUGGUAAUCAGCGGUAUAACAAUAAAUAUCCAAAUACCAAAGAAUAUAGGUAUUUUCAAGCGG